AUGAACCUAGGGAACUUCACCUGGGCGGGGGUUGCCCCUGCUGAGUUCAUCCUCCUGGGCAUCACAGAUCGAUGGGACCUGCGUGUCGCCCUCUUCCUGGUACUCCUGCCCGUCUACCUGGGGAGCCUGCUGGGCAACGCGGGCAUGGUGCUGCUGAUACGCGUGGACGCCCGGCUGCACACACCCAUGUACUUCUUCCUGGCCAACCUCUCCUUGCUGGAUGCCUGCUAUGCCUCGGCCAUUGGCCCCAAGAUGCUAGUGGACCUGCUGCUGCCGCGCGCCACCAUCCCUUAUGUGGCCUGUGCCCUCCAGAUGUUUGUCUUUGCAGGGCUGGCGGAUGCUGAGUGUUGCCUGUUGGCAGCCAUGGCCUACGACCGCUAUGUGGCCAUCGGAAACCCUCUUCUCUAUACCACAGCUAUGUCCCGGCGUCUAUGCCUGGCCUUGCUGGGGGCAUCAGGACUGGGUGGGGCAGUGAGCGCCUUUGUCCACACGACCUUCACCUUCCGCCUGAGCUUCUGUGGCUCCCGGGAGGUCAACAGCUUCUUCUGCGAUAUCCCUCCCCUGCUGGCCAUCUCAUGCAGCGACACCAGUCUCAAUGAGCUCCUCCUCUUCGCCGUCUGUGGCUUCAUCCAGACAGCCACGCUGUCGCUGAUCGCCGUGUCUUACGGGUUCAUUGUCGGGGCUGUGAUGCGCAUGCGCUCUGCUGCGGGCCGUCGGCGAGCGGCGUCCACCUGCGGCUCCCACUUCAUGGCCGUGGCCAUGCUGUACGGGACGCUCAUUUUCAUGUACCUGCGUCCCAGCUCCAGCUACGCCUUGGACACUGACAAGAUGGCGUCUGUGUUUUACACCCUUGUCAUCCCGGCUCUCAACCCUCUCAUCUACAGCCUCCGAAACAAGGAGGUCAAGGAGGCCCUCGGGCGCACCUGGACUCGAUUCUGCUGUCCAGGGCAGGGACACCGGUGA